AUGUAUCCACUUUUGAAGACGCCCAAAGAAGCGCUUUUGAAGCCAGAUGAAGAGAAGCAAGCUGGUGUCAAGUAUUCUCCCGAUUUUAGUCGCUCACCCUAUCAACGCUGUGAGAAUGGUGGCAACGAGCAACAACAGCCACGAAAGAAAGGUCUGGGUCACUGGUGCAUCCUGUUACUUCUCGCGGUUCUCUGCUUCAUGGUCUUGGUUAGAUAUUCUCUCAACAAGCAUUCAGAAUCUGUGGAAAAGAUUAGACGCUUCGAGGCCGCUUUCAACAAAUACGUCGCUGAUUACAAAAAGGAGUACAUGAAUACAGCUGAACGGAAUUAUCGCUACAACGUUUUCACUGAAAACAUGGAACGCUGGGAGAAAGAUGAGCGCGUGCUUGGCGGAGACAUUGAUCUUGAUGUCACCGAAUAUGCUGAUACUCCGUUGGCUGAAAUGAAGAAGAAACUUAUGGCCUUGCGCUUCAAUCCACUCCUGCACAAUUACGAUGCGACCGGUGAUGAUAUCAACAAUGAGAUAAACAACUUCUUCCGAUUUGAUACUCCUGAUGAAAAGCUGAGAGCCAAGCGAGCGGCUCGUUAUUCAUCGACUAAUUGGGUUAAGAAAGGAUUUGUAACGCCAGUAAAGAACCAAGGAAGCUGUGGAAGUUGCUGGGCGUUUGCCGCUGUGGCCGCUGUUGAAUCAGCUUAUGCAAUUAAAAGUGGUGAAUUGUUGAAUCUCUCGGAGCAAAAUCUCGUUGAUUGCGAUAAUAAGGAGUCUGUUGGAUGCGAUGGCGGAUAUCCAGAUAUGGCUAUCAAGUACAUUGCCAAGCACGGUAUUCAAAGCGAAGUUGAAAGCCCCUAUUUUGGCAAAGAGUCAAAGAACGCUACGUGCAAACGCGGCUCUAUAUUUGAUAUUCGACGUUUCGUGAAAGGACCAAAGAAAUUGCCAAAGUAUGAGGAAGCAAUGGCCGCAUGGGUGUUAAAGAAGGGACCAAUUGUCAUUACAAUGGCUGUUCCCAGUGCUUUCUAUUCGUAUCGUGACGGUGUCUUUAAUCCACCUUUUGAUUGCAAGAGCCAGAGCGAUGGAUGGCAUGCAGUGACGGUGGUUGGAUAUGGAGCCGACAACAACAAGCCAUAUUGGUUGAUUAAGAACUCGUGGGGAAAACGCUGGGGAAUCGACGGCUACUUCAAGCUUGCUCGAGGUAUCAACGCUUGCGGCGUCGCUGACGAUCCGACGGGUGUCAUCGUCAAA